GCCGCAGCCGGCGGCGGAGCCCAGUCCCUCCCUCCGCGCCCUCCGCUCGUCACCUUGCCAGCCCGCCGCCAACAUGGCUGGAGCGCGGCGCCGCCGCUGAGCCCGCCGCCCCUGCCGCCCCCUACCGCCGCCAGCAUGUGGGGCGCCCCGGACGACAGCUCCGUGCGCGUGGCCGUCAGAAUAAGACCACAGCUUGCCAAAGAAAAGAUUGAAGGAUGCCAUAUUUGUACAUCGGUCACUCCAGGAGAGCCCCAGGUCUUCCUAGGGAAAGAUAAGGCCUUUACUUUUGAUUAUGUAUUUGACAUAGACUCCCAACAAGAACAAAUCUAUACUCAGUGUAUUGAAAAACUAAUUGAAGGUUGUUUUGAAGGAUACAAUGCUACAGUUUUUGCUUAUGGACAAACUGGAGCUGGCAAAACAUACACAAUGGGAACAGGAUUCGAUGUUAACAUCACUGAGGAAGAACAGGGUAUUAUUUCUCGUGCUGUUAAACACCUUUUUAAGAGUAUUGAAGAAAAAAAGCAUGCAGCAAUUGGAAAUGGACUUCCUCCUCCAGAUUUUAAAGUGAAUGCCCAAUUUUUGGAGCUCUAUAAUGAAGAGGUUCUUGACUUAUUUGACACUACACGUGAUAUUGAUGCAAAAAAUAAAAAAUCAAAUAUAAGAAUUCAUGAAGAUUCAACUGGAGGAAUUUAUACUGUGGGAGUCACAACACGCACUGUGAAUACAGAAUCUGAGAUGAUGCAGUGUCUAAAGUUGGGUGCUUUAUCUCGCACCACUGCCAGUACCCAGAUGAAUGUUCAGAGCUCUCGUUCACAUGCCAUUUUUACGAUUCAUGUGUGUCAGACUCGAGUGUGCCCCCAAGUAGAGGCCGACAAUCUGACUGAUAAUAAGAUGAUUUCUGAAUCACCACAAAUGAAUGAAUUUGAAACCCUGACUGCAAAGUUUCAUUUUGUUGAUCUGGCAGGAUCAGAAAGACUGAAACGAACUGGAGCUACAGGAGAGAGGGCAAAAGAAGGCAUUUCCAUCAACUGUGGGCUUUUGGCACUUGGAAAUGUGAUAAGUGCGUUAGGAGACAAGAGCAAGAGAGCCACUCAUGUGCCCUACAGAGAUUCCAAGCUGACAAGACUGCUGCAGGAUUCCCUGGGGGGUAAUAGCCAAACAAUCAUGAUAGCAUGUGUCAGCCCAUCAGACAGAGAUUUUAUGGAAACAUUAAACACUCUGAAAUAUGCCAAUCGAGCAAGAAAUAUUAAGAACAAAGUGAUGGUCAAUCAGGACAGAGCAAGCCAGCAAAUCAAUGCCCUCCGCAGUGAGAUCACACGACUUCAGAUGGAACUUAUGGAGUACAAAACAGGUAAAAGAAUAAUUGAUGAGGAGGGUGUAGAAAGCAUUAAUGACAUGUUUCAUGAGAAUGCUAUGCUUCAGACUGAAAAUAAUAACCUGCGUGUUAGAAUCAAAGCCAUGCAAGAGACAGUUGAUGCAUUGAGGACCAGAAUCACACAGCUUGUCAGUGAUCAAGCCAACCAAGUUCUCGCCAGAGCAGGUGAAGGCAAUGAAGAGAUCAGUAAUAUGGUUCAUAGUUAUAUCAAAGAGAUUGAAGAUCUCAGGGCAAAAUUAUUAGAAAGUGAAGCAGUGAAUGAGAACCUUCGAAAAAACUUGACAAGGGCCACAUCAAGGUCACCAUAUUUCAGUGGAUCCUCAGCUUUUUCUCCCAGUAUACUUUCUUCUGACAAAGAAACAAUUGAAAUCAUAGAUCUAGCUAAGAAAGACUUAGAGAAGCUGAAAAGGAAAGAAAAGAAGAAGAAAAAAAGGCUACAGAAACUUGAGGAAAGCAAUCGAGAAGAAAGAAGUUUGGUCAAUAAAGAGGAAUAUGCAGACACUGACCAAGAGAAGAAAGAAGAAAAAGGUGCUCUAGAACGAGAAAGCAAUGAGUUAGAAGUGGAAGAGAGUCAGGAAGUGAGUGAUCAUGAGGAUGAGGAAGAGGAGGAGGAAGAUGAAGAUGACAUGGAAGCAGGUGAAAGCUCUGAUGAGUCGGAUUCUGAUUCGGAUGAAAAAGCCAAUUACCAAGCAGACUUAGCAAAUAUAACCUGUGAAAUUGCAAUUAAGCAAAAGCUGAUUGAUGAACUAGAAAACAGCCAGAAAAGAUUGCAGACACUGAAAAAGCAAUAUGAAGAGAAGCUGAUGAUGCUGCAGCAUAAAAUUCGGGAUACUCAGCUUGAAAGAGACCAGGUGCUUCAGAAUUUAGGCUCUGUGGAAUCUUACUCAGAAGAAAAGGCAAAAAAAAUUAAGUCUGAGUACGAAAAGAAACUCCAAGCCAUGAACAAAGAAUUGCAGCGACUUCAGGCAGCUCAGAAAGAGCACGCAAGAUUGCUCAAAAAUCAGUCUCAAUAUGAAAAGCAAUUGAAGAAAUUACAGCAGGAUGUAAUGGAAAUGAAAAAAACAAAGGUUCGCCUAAUGAAGCAAAUGAAAGAAGAACAAGAGAAAGCUAGACUGACAGAAUCUAGAAGAAACAGAGAAAUCGCACAAUUGAAAAAGGAUCAGCGUAAGAGAGAUCAUCAACUUAGACUUCUGGAAGCCCAAAAAAGAAACCAAGAAGUGAUUCUUCGUCGCAAAACUGAAGAGGUUACAGCUCUUCGUCGGCAAGUGAGGCCUAUGUCUGAUAAAGUGGCUGGGAAGGUCACUCGGAAGCUGAGCUCCUCAGAAGCACCUGGUCAGGACACGGGUUCCAGUGCAGCUGCUGUGGAGACAGAAGCAUCAAGGGCAGGCACGCAGCAGAAAAUGAGAAUUCCCGUGGCAAGGGUACAGGCCUUACCAGUGCCCACAGCAAAUGGCACCAGAAAAAAAUAUCAGAGGAAAGGAUUGACUGGCCGGGUGUUCACCUCCAAGACAGCCCGCAUGAAGUGGCAGCUCCUGGAGCGUAGGGUCACUGACAUCAUCAUGCAGAAAAUGACCAUUUCCAAUAUGGAAGCUGACAUGGACAGGCUCCUCAAGCAACGGGAAGAACUCACAAAAAGACGUGAAAAGCUUUCAAGAAGAAGAGAGAAGAUAAUCAAGGAGAGUGGAGAGGGGGAUAAGAAUGUGGUUAGCAUCAAUGAGGAGAUGGAGUCACUGACUGCUAACAUAGAUUACAUCAAUGAUAGUAUUUCUGAUUGUCAAGCCAAUAUCAUGCAAAUGGAAGAAGCAAAGGAAGAAGGCGAGAUCUUGGAUGUCACUGCAGUAAUUAAUGCCUGCACACUCACAGAAGCUCGAUACCUGUUAGAUCACUUUCUGUCAAUGGGCAUCAAUAAGGGUCUUCAGGCUGCCCAGAAAGAGGCACAAAUCAAAGUACUUGAGGGUCGACUCAAACAAACUGAAAUAACCAGUGCUACGCAGAACCAGCUCCUAUUCCACAUGCUGAAAGAGAAAGCAGAAUUAAAUCCUGAGCUGGAUGCUUUACUAGGUCAUGCUUUACAAGAUCUAGAUAGCGUACCAUUAGAAAAUGUAGAGGAUAGUUCUGAUGAGGAUGCACCUUUAAACAGCCCUGGAUCUGAUGGAAGCAAUCUGUCUUCAGACCUUAUGAAGCUUUGUGGUGAAAUAAAAUCAAAAAGCAAGGCUCGGAGGAGAACCACCACUCAGAUGGAAUUGCUGUAUGCAGACAGCAGUGAACUAGCGCCAGACACUAGUACAGGAGAUGCCUCCUUGUCUGGUGCUCUCAUCCCUGCUGCAGAGGGGCAAGAGAUUGGAAUGAAUGCAGAGACCAGUGGCACUGCUGCUAGGGACAAAGAGCUUCCUCCCCCAUCUGGCUUACCUUCUAAGAUAGGCAGCAUUUCCAGACAAUCAUCUCUACCAGAAAAAAAAAUACCAGAGCCUUCCCCUGUAAGUAGGAGAAAGGCCUACGAGAAAGCAGAGAAAUCAAAGGCCAAGGAACAAAAACACUCAGAUUCUGGAACCUCAGAGGCUAGUCUCUCACCUCCUUCUUCCCCACCAAGCCGGCCCCGUAAUGAACUGAAUGUCUUUAAUCGUCUUACUGUUUCUCAGGGAAACACAUCAGUUCAGCAGGAUAAGUCUGAUGAAAGUGACUCUUCUCUGUCGGAAGUACACAGGGGCAUAAUCAACCCAUUUCCUGCUUCAAAAGGCAUCAGAGUGGCUCCACUGCAGUGUGUUCACAUAGCCGAAGGGCACACAAAAGCUGUGCUGUGUGUGGAUUCUACUGAUGAUCUUCUCUUCACUGGAUCAAAAGAUCGUACUUGUAAAAUAUGGAAUCUAGUGACUGGGCAGGAAAUCAUGUCCUUGGGGGGUCAUCCCAACAAUGUCGUGUCUGUCAAAUACUGUAAUUACACAAGUUUGGUCUUCACGGUGUCAACAUCUUAUAUUAAGGUGUGGGAUAUCAGAGAUUCAGCAAAGUGCAUUCGAACACUGACGUCUUCCGGUCAAGUUAAUCUUGGAGAUGUCUGUUCUGCAAGUACAAACCGGGUUGUAGCUAUUCCUUCUGGAGAGAACCAAAUCAAUCAAAUUGCGCUCAACCCCACAGGCACAUUCCUCUACGCAGCUUCUGGAAAUGCUGUCAGAAUGUGGGAUCUUAAAAGGUUUCAGUCUACAGGAAAGUUAACUGGACAUCUAGGCCCUGUUAUGUGCCUUACUGUAGAUCAGAUUUCCAGUGGACAAGAUCUGAUCAUCACUGGCUCCAAGGACCAUUACAUCAGAAUGUUCGAUGUAACUGAAGGGGCUCUUGGAACUGUAAGUCCUACGCAUAACUUUGAACCCCCGCAUUAUGAUGGUAUAGAAGCAUUAACUAUCCAAGGGGAUAGCCUGUUCAGUGGGUCCAGAGAUAAUGGAAUCAAGAAAUGGGACAUAGCUCAAAAAGACCUUCUUCAGCAAGUUCCAAAUGCACAUAAAGACUGGAUCUGUGCCUUGGGAGUGGUGCCAGGCCACCCAGUGUUGCUCAGUGGCUGCAGAGGGGGCAUUCUGAAACUCUGGAACAUGGAUACUUGUGUGCCAGUUGGAGAGAUGAAGGGUCACGAUAGUCCUAUCAAUGCCGUGUGUGUUAACUCUGCCCACAUUUUUACUGCAGCUGAUGAUCGAACUGUGAGAAUUUGGAAGACUCACAAUUUGCAAGAGAGUCAGAUGUCUGACCCAGGAGACCUGGGGGAAGAUAUUACCAGUACAUAAACAGGAGUGAAGAGAAAAACCAUAAGCUAAAUACUGUGAUUAAUACUCUGUAUGUUCUUUGUGGGAAAUGUUGUCCUGUAUUUAUUAGGCAUAAACUUAUGAAUGGAAUUAACUGGAAAAUGUAUCUGAAUCCAGCUGCUAAGUAUAAAUUAUAUUCUAAUGAAACUCUGUCUGUACUAUCCUGUGUGCUUUUAGUGUCUAUGAAUACAUAUGUAUCCUGUAAUUGAAAUAUGGCUUGAUUCACACUUUCAUUGUGGCUGGAUUUUUGUGCCUUGCUAGAAAAAGGCAAAUUAUUUGAAUUGUAACAUGUCUGCUUUUGUGACAGAAAACACACCUGGGAUAUAAUACAGCUCACUGUGUACUCCUUCAUGUAGUCUGUCAAAAGAUUUGCAUAUUUAAACAUACUGGAAAUAUGAGUCAAACUGUGGUCUGCCAUUAGGUACGCAUCCCAGUCUAUAGAACAUUCCCAAAUUCCAAAGCUCUUUUAAGGGAAAAGUAAGGAGAGUAUUAUUGAUUUCUCAUAAAAUGAAAUUGACCUGAAUCUGUUAACACAGGAUGUAUAACAAUUUGUGUUAAAUCUUGGCAUUUACUUACAUUGACCAAAGUUUGCAGUUCUGCUAUAUUCUGUGCUCAGGACUAAAAUGCUAUUGGAUUGUUGUUUUGUUAGUGCUGUGUAUACAUUCUUUGAUGGUAAACAUUUUUUGAUGUCCCUAACAGAAAGAUAUUUUGAUCUAUUUUCCUAUGGAGUUGUUUCUAUUAUUGCCUUUGAGUUUCUUUUCUUUUUUUUUUAAUUUAAUAGUAGUAUUUCCUUUUCCUUUAAUUUUUAUAUGCUGCUAAAUAUAUUUUAAAUACACUGUAUUUGCAAACUUUGGUAGCUAAGAUGAGAACUAUUAUCCUCUGUGGUGGGGAACACUAUAUAAAUAGGUAGAUUGUAAAGAGAGACUACCUUGCGUUGCGCCUGUAUGAAUUUUUAAACACUGUAGAUUGGAUUUGCAAAAGGAUAUAUAAUUUAUCUGUCUUCUCAGAACAUUAAUUUGUAAAUUCUGCAAGUUUAAUUUUUAUGUAGAUAGUAUAAUACUGGAAAAUAUUGUCUUUUGUGAUUUUUUUUCCCUAAAAAUAUUUGCUUGUAAGUCAAAGCAUAGCUUGGGCUUAAAUAAACAUGUUGCUAUGAA